AAGGGCGGGAAAAGCCCUCGGUCAGUCAGGAAAAGCCGUUCUUCAGCUCAGGCUCCUGCAGCAAAUUUCUGCUUUCCCUGCACGGCUGCCCCUCCAGUUUCCCUUCAGAGAAUGAGCUUUACAUCCCGGAAUCACCUUUUCUAAUCUGGCAGUCUCUUUAUAACAGCUUCAACCCUUCCAGGAGAGGUUGGGUGGAUGUGCAGUGCCCGCCAUGGAGGAGCACGGUGCUGAGGCGCUGGCUGGGCAUGAGGCUGGCUCCGAGGGAACCAGUGUGUCAGCUCAUGGCGGCCAUGUCCCUAGUUCCGAAGUUCUUGAAGCAAUAGAAAAUGUUAUUCUAGAUGUGCUUAAAAGCUUGGCCAAAAAACAAGCACCUGUUCUCACACUGGCUAGAAGGUCAGAUUGGAGAAAUAUAGAUUUACAGUUGUAUUGCAUUUAUUUGCAAUAUGCCAGAUUUAAAGAAUCUGUAGGUCUACAAAUGAUACCACAUUCUACUACAAAGCAAAUAAGAAGUGACUGCCCUGGAACAGCACAAAAGUUUGCUCUGAUGCUCAAAAUAUUAUCUAUGAUCUAUAAGAUGGUGCAGAGCAAUUCUUAUGCAACCAAAAGAGAUAUAUACUACUCAGAUACGCUCCUGUUUGGUAGCCAGAGCGUUGUGGACAACUUAAUCAAUGAAAUCUCUUGCAUGCUUAAGAUACCUCGAAGAAGUCUACAUAUACUGUCUACAACUAAAGGUUUUGUUGCCGGUAAUUUAAGUUAUACUGAGGAAGAUGGUACAAAAGUGAAUUGUACCUGUGGUGCAACAGCGGUGACCGUGCCAUCUAAUGUUCAAGGAAUUAAAAAUUUGUACUCACAUGCCAAAUUUAUAUUAAUUGUAGAAAAAGAUGCAACCUUUCAGAGACUCCUGGAUGAUGACUUCUGCAUUAAAUCAGCCCCAUGUAUAAUGAUUACGGGAAGAGGUAUUCCAGAUCUUAAUACACGACUUCUGGUCAGAAAGCUGUGGGAUACAUUUCACAUUCCUGUUUUCACCCUUGUGGACGCUGAUCCACACGGUGUAGAAAUAAUGUGCAUCUACAAAUAUGGAUCUGUGUCAAUGUCUUUUGAGGCUCAUCAGCUCACCGUUCCAUGCAUAAAGUGGCUUGGUCUCCUUCCAUCUGAUAUCGAGAGAUUAAAUGUACGGAAAGAUGUCCUGAUUCCAUUUACAAAGCAAGAUCAAAAUAAGUUAGCGAGUCUACAAAAGAGACCUUACAUUGCUUGUCAGCCAGUGUGGAAAAAAGAACUGGAAAUUAUGGCAGCAUCUAAAAUGAAGGCUGAAAUCCAAGUGUUAACUUCUCUUUCAGCAGAUUAUCUUUCCAGAGUGUAUUUACCAAACAAAUUGCAAUUUCGUGGAUGGAUAUGAAAGCUUGUUUGCAAAUGAGCUGUUUUUCUUCGCGCCGAUUUAUUUUCUUGACUACUCUUAGAAAAAAAUGGAGAAACAAAGGAGUGUGUAUCAGCACCUCGUUCAGCUUGUAACUGUAACUAGCUUAGGAUUGUCUCUUCUUUCUCUUUCGAGCUGUAAAAGGAAUCACAGCUCCUUUACAGAAUCCACUGUGUUCCACUCCGUGCCUUGUGCACUGCAGCGAUUCCUAAAGCAGUGCCACGGCCAUAGCAGGGCACUGGAAUUUGCUCCUUCUUCCCAGGGAAUGUUGUUAUAAAUGGGAGUUAAGAUCGCAUCAAGGAAUUGUUUUGUCUUCUGUCUUAAGGCAGAAAAUGAUGCUGUGUAAACCUUUCAAUUUCUGGAAAGUAAAAGCCUUUGUUAGCAACUCA